AAGUAGAACGGAUCGAACAACACUACGCACAUACUUCAACUUCAAUUUAUUACCUUUGCAAAUUGUGUAAAACAUCUACACAAUCUACAUGACACCGAUAAUUACUGCGAUUGUUACAACCAUUCCCUCUGGCUUAGUUGUUCUCCUUGGCGUAUUAUUUUUACUUUAUUUUAUACUCGUAAAAAAUAUCAACCCCUUUAUAGCUACUAUUUUAAAAGAGUCUGGUGAUGCUUGGUUCCUAGAACUGUGAAAUGGUGUAAAGUGAUUAAAAAUGUUUAAAAAAUUAAAAGAUAAAUUAGCUGAGGAGGUGAAGUCAUCACCUCAAAGAAUUCAACAAUUUGCACAAGCAGCUCAGGCUGCUGUCACAUCUGCCUCCAGUAGCAUAUCUGAUAUCACAAAUAGUGAUCUUUUCUCCAUUGGUGAUAAUGAUGGUCAGCAGCCUCGGCCUAAGGCACAGUCGUCUCUAAAUAGUCAACCAAAUACAUUCCAAGAUGUUGCGCUUGUGCAGCCCCUACCAUCAUCAGAGUCACUGGACUACAUGUCUGCACAUGAUAUACAUGACAAUCAGAGACAAAGAAGACUCUCAAACAGCUCAUUUGCAAGUGAUGUAUCUUUCCGCUUGCCAAGUUAUGAAACUCCUUCUAUGUAUCAUUUACAGUCUGAUAUGGAAGUUUCAGCGAGUGAAGCGGAGGAGCGUGGUUUCUCUAGUGGUGCUGUCAGUCUCGACCGAGUGACGAAAGAGCAGCUGUAUGCUGCAUAUCGACGAACCCAAGAACGAUACACAAAAUAUAGAACACAGUAUGGAGAUUUAGCCCGGCACUACAAACUUUUGGAGAGAGAAAAUGCUAAAGCUAGAAGUGUCCUAGUUGAAACCCAAGAUAAAGCUUUAAGAAGAAUAUCAGAGCUCCGUGAACAAUGUGCACUAGAACAAAGUGCAAAGGCACAUUUAGAAAAAGCCCUUCGUAUUGAACUUGAAGAAAAAGGGAUGAAAAUAGAGGCACUCAAUACAAAGGUGCAACUUUUACAAAGCAAUACCGAGAUUGUUAAUACUACUGAUAAGAAUGAGAACAAAACGAAAUCAACUGAUGGUGAUGGAGAUGUCCAAUUAAUAAACCUUUCAACUGAACCUGAAGUGAAGUCAUCAAAUGAAGAGUCUACGGCAAGUGAGAUUAUCGCAUUAAACAAUAAGAUUGAGAAAAUGGAGCACCUACUAAAUAAGUACAAAGAAUCGCUCAAAGUAAGCAAAGAAAAAAAUUCCCAAAUUAAUACUGAGUUACAAAUACUGUCAAAUGAGCUUGAGAAUAAAAACAGAGAAAUUGACCAAUACAAACUUGCCUCCGACCAAUUAAAAGCAGCGAAAGAAAAUAUCCAAGAACUUAACAAUUUAAAUGAAGAAUUGCAAAAUAAAAUAAAUGUUUAUGAGUUUAGUAAAACGAGAGAAUUAUCGACCCUUGAAGUCGAUUUCCAGAAAGCUCAGGAAGAAAUUGCUGAGUUACGCGGCAAAAUUGAAGUGUUCGGCAAAAGAGAAGAAGAAUAUGCCAUUUCCUUAGCAGAAAAUAAGUUAAGUAUACACAAAGAGUUAGAAAGUAAAGAAACAGAAAUAAAAUCCCUUAAAGAUCACUUGGAGUCUAGCAAGAAAGAAAUACAGUCUCUAAAUAUAGUUGUAAAUGAUUAUAAAAAUAGUGUAACAUCAUUGGAAGCUGAGAAAUCCAAACUAAUGCAUGAAAGCUCUGAACUAGCCUCCAUUAAGGCUAAGACAACCGACCUAGAAUCACAAAUCGAAGAGUUGUCAAAAAAAUGCCAAAACUUCGAACAGAUGAAAACUAAAGCAGAUGAAGGAUAUAAAUGUCUUCAGCUGCAAAUGAAACAAGAAACUGCAGAAAAAUUAGCAAUGAUAGAUAGAAAUACGUAUUUAGAAAAUAGAAUAUCACAGUUGAGUGAAGAGAACGCCAAAAAAAGUGCUCAGAUUGGGAAUUUGGAAAGUGAACUACAGAAAAAAGAAAACAUUCUAAAGGAUCACACAGAACAAGAUUCAAAGAAUGAUGAACUUCUUGAUGAAUUAAACAUUUGGAAAGAUAAAUAUGCUAAAUUGGAAUCAGAAAUUCAGGAAGAACGAGAUGAACUAAUAAAAUUACAGUCUGAAAUUGAGAAAUUGUUAUCAAACCAUGAAUUACUUCAAACCCAAAACAUCGAAUUUCGUAAACUGGUUUCUGACUUGAAAUCAGAAAAUGUAAUCAUGCAAGAAAAACUAAUCAGGGAUAAUAAAUUAAGAACAAAUUGUUUGAGACUUUCAAAUGAAAUUAGAGAAAUGAAAAAACUCAUAAACUUAAUAUCUAGUGAAACAAAGUCGUUACAAGCCAUUAACAACGAAGCUUUCUUUUCUCUUACAAAAGAAAUUAAUUAUGCUUUACACAAUAACUCACACAGUGAAGCAAAUUUGAAUGCGACUAAACUGAGUGAACUCAAAUUGGAAAUUAAGAAAUUAGAAAAGGAAAUUAAGAGUCAUGUAGAAAUAAAUGACCAACUAAGAAAAGAAAUUGAUACAUUACAAAAUGACAAGGAUAAUCUAGAAUCUACCAUUAGCAGGAAUGAUAUAGAUAUUCAAACAGUAAAUUUAGAACUUACUCGGACUAUCGAUCUUUAUGAGACGUCGGCUAAAGAAUUAAAUGUUGUUAAAGAAGAAAACGAGAAUUUAUUAAAUAAAGUAAAUGAAUUUGAGAAUAAUUUCCAAAAUCUACAAAUAGCUCUUGAGUUUGAAAAGUCUCAAUAUUUGGAAUCUAAACAAAAACUAAAUGAACUGCAAAACGAAAAAGACGUGUUGGUCGAAAAAUUAAAACAUUUGGAAUUUGAGAAUAACACAUCCAACAAAGAAUUAGAUCAAUUUAAAAGUCAACAUGAGAACGCAUUAGAGGAGUCCCUGGCUUUGAAAAAUGAAAAUAUUAGUCUCAAAUCACAAAUAAUUGAACUCAACAAUCAAAUUGAUUGCAUUAAUAAACUGCAAGAGGAUAAUAAAAAUUUGACUCUCGAAAAUAUAUCUUUAAAGACUCAAGCUGAAACUACAGCCAAUAGUUACAAAAACUUAGAAACAGAAAUCAAUGAUGUUCGAAAAUCACACGCUGAAAUUGUAACUGAAAAAGAUCGAUUAAAUAAGACAAUCGAAGAAUUAGAAAGUAGUUUAUGUAAAGAUACAACAAACAGAGACAGUCAAACUGACAAAAUUGAAGAUACGAUGCCAAGCAAUAUGAAUAAUGAGGAGGUUAAAAAGGUCGCCGUACUAGAGUUACAAGAGACUCCUCAACGCACAAACAACAAUGAACUAUCUGACAAAUAUCAGGCAUUAAAAUCUGAAUAUGAUCAAUUGAAGGAAGAAAACAGGCGGUUUAAGUCAGAUAUAGAAGGCCUACAAACAUAUCUGACUAAAAUAUCCAAAGAAAACAGUGUUCUUAAUGAUAAGCUUAGAGAACUAAUAGCUACUAGUGAGCAUUCUACUGAGAGCAAUGACAUUUCCAAUGAUAUAGUUGAGUUUAAAAAUGAAAUUCAAGCAGGUAAAGACAGAAUUGAUGAUCUUUUAAGAGAAAAUAUGUUACUUGUUGAAGAGAAUUUGGAACUUAAAGAUCAAUUACAAUCCCAAAAUACACCUAGCUCUGAAGUGAGGCCUUCACAUGACAAUGAUAAAGAGUAUAAUAUUGUCAUGGAAAAGUACAACAAUUUGUUGCAUGUCAACAGUACAUUGGAAAAACGAUUGUAUGAUUUAGAACAAAUGAACAAGUCCGUAAAUGGAAAUAUGAUGCAUAUACAAGAGAAGAAUGAGAAAUUGAGAUUGUCUAAUGAAAAACUAGAGAGAAGACUUGACGAAUCUCUUGUGAGUCUAAGACAUUUGCAUUCUUUACAAGAAAAUACAGAGUUAGAAUAUUUACGAAACAUACUCUAUGAGUACCUCACAGGAACAGGCACACAUUCCGUAACAUUAGCUAAGGUUUUAUCAGCUAUAGUCAAGUUUGACGACAUGCAAACCAAACUGGUUUUGCAAAAGGAAAAAGAAAGGCAAGGAUUUUUACGUCAGCUGGGCAUUAUAAAAUAGAAUGGAAAUAUGCUUUAUUCACUUUAAAAUUUAUAAGUGGUUUCUUCAUAAUAAUUAUUGUAAAUGUAAAUUUUAUGGCAGU